GUCACUGAGUGGUCGCACAUCACUUUAGUACGCACGCAACACUCUAGUCGAACACGUGUAAACCAUUUCGGUUAAAAAGAUUUUUAGUGCGAAUAUUAAGAAGUUAAAUACUCAAUUUUGAAGACGAAAGUGAAUUGAAGUCAAUUGAAGUGAAGUUGAAGAAGUGUUAACAGUAAUCUAACCAAUAAAAAGUAGUGUUUCAAAAUGGAUUUCUACUUCAUUAUAUUCUCCACAAUCCUGACGCUUUUGCUCAGCUAUCUUCGCUACAAGUAUCAAUAUUGGGAGCUACUUGGAGUGCCGCAGCUGAAAAUGAACUAUCUUUUUGGAAAUCUCUUCCGCAUACGAACCAUACAUAAAACGGAAAUUAUGCGUGAAGUCUAUAAAGAGUUUCGUGGCAAAGCAAAAUUAGCCGGCACUUAUAUUUUCACCAAACCCAUAGCUAUCGUGUUAGAUUUAGACUUGGUAAAGUCCAUAUUAAUCAAAGAUUUCAACAAAUUUACGGAUCGCUUUGAGCAAGUUAGAAGCACCGGCAGCUUCCUCAAUGAACAUCUCUUUCGCUUACAUGGUGAGAAGUGGCGUCCCUUGCGCACGAAGCUAACACCGACUUUCACGUCGUCGAAAAUGAAGUUUAUGUUUCCCACAGUGGUGACAGUGGCCCGUCAAUUGGAUGAGACUUUCGGCGGCCAUUUGGCUAAGACACCAAGCGGUGAUAUAGAACUACACGAUUUGAUGGGACGCUUCACAACCGAUGUAAUUGGCCAUUGUGCCUUCGGCGUUGAGUGUAAUAGCUUGAAGGAUCCGAAUGUGGUAUUUCGUGAUAUAGGCCGCCGUAUUUUCUAUCCACGUUAUCUCUCUAUACGUCUGCGUACGCUUAUGAUUACAUAUCCGGCUUUAUUCAAGUAUUUGAAAUUUUUAAAUAUCAAAGAAUCUCCUAAAGGUGUUGAAGAAUUCAUACUGCAGUUGGUGCGUGACACCGUGCGUAUGCGUGAAGAGCAGAAUAUACAGCGUAAUGAUUUCAUUAAUAUGCUAAUUGAGUUGAAAAAUUCAAAAGACAUGAAAGGCGUGCCUCCAAUGGGUAUUGAGGAGAUGGCAGCGCAGGUGUUCGUGUUUUUUGCAGCUGGCUUUGAGACGAGCUCCAGUAAUAUGAGUUAUGGACUAUUUGAGUUAGCGAAGAAUCCUCAGGUGCAAGAGAAAUUGAGAGCAGAAAUUGUAAGCGUGCUGGAGAAACAUAAUGGCGAGUUGACCUAUGAAGCUAUGAUGGAAAUGACAUAUUUGGAUCAAGUUAUAACCGAAACUCUCCGUAAAUAUCCAGCACUCGCUGCUCUCACACGUGUCUCUAUUGAUGAUUACAAAAUCCCUGAUACUGAUAUCACACUCGAGAAGGGCACACGCAUUUAUAUACCCGCUAAAGAGAUUCAUUAUGAUCCGGAAAUUUAUGAGGAUCCGAAAGAAUUUCGCCCAGAGCGCUUCAACCCUGAAGAAGUGCAAAAGCGUCAUCCACAAGCUUUUCUCGGUUUCGGUGAUGGACCACGCAAUUGUAUUGGCCUACGCUUUGGACGCAUGCAAGUGCGUGUUGGUUUGAUAACUUUGCUGAAAUCUUAUCGCUUCAGCUUAUCGGAGAAGACACCUACUGAAUUAGAGAUUUCUAAAUAUAGUAUAGUGCUUGUACCACAGAGCAAAGUGUGGCUGAAGGCUGAGAGAUUAUGAAGAUAAAACUUUUUUGUUGUUUAUAUAAGAAUUUAAGUUGAAGUUUUAUGUUUAGCGAUUCCUUUAAAAAGAGACAAGAUAGAAAAUACAUACAAUAAAUAUUAA